AUGUCCAUCUUUAUAAAGCUUCUUUCAGGGAAGACUAUUAGGCUAGAAAUUGACCCUUGGGACUCCAUUAUCAGCCUAAAAGAAAAAAUUUAUGAAGCUGAAGACAUUUUGCCUCACCAGCAGAAAUUGGUUUUUAAUGGAAAAAAUCUUGAAGAUGAGAGAAAUUUGCAGUAUUACGGGAUUAAUGAGGGUGCAGUAGAUUUGGUUGAAAGAGAUGAUGUUGCUGUAGCAAUAAAACUGCCUUCAGGGAGCCAAGUGAAUUUUUAUUGUAAGCCUGGUGACGUCAUCAGUUCAUUAAAGAUGAAACUUUUUCAUGAACAAAAUAUCCCAAUAAAGCACCAAAAUUUAUACUAUAACAGAAAAGAACUGCAAGAUGAGAAAAAAUUGGAAUUUUAUAAUAUAAGGCAAGACUGUGUAUUAAAUCUUGCAAUUUUAAAUGAAAAAAAUUUGAAAAAGAUCCUGAAAAGAUUGUAUGAGUGGGAUGAAGGGUUGGUUUUGCCUAUGAAUACGUCACUGCUGGAAAAUAACUGAAAUGGGAAAGCGAGAAAACUAAUGGAAAGUGCUGGGCUUUGCUUUAGCAAAGAAAGCAAGGUUUAUUUUAUAUUGAAAUCAAGCACUUUUCAUUUGCUUUGGCAAGCGAAUAUUGAGAAAAUUCAAGAAAAUAUUAUAAAUCAGAAUAAAAUUACAGCUGGGCAGCUAGAAAAUUCUGCUGAGUUUGGAAAUGAAAAAAACACUGAAGGGGUUUAUCAAUUUAUUGAAAAAUUCACUGAAAAAUCCCAUAGAACUUUAAAAAAAUACAUAGAAGAGUUCAUUCCAAAUUUAAAUGAAGACUUAAUGCUUGAAAUUGACUAUAAAUCAAUUGAAAAAGACUUAGACAAUCGCAUUGUAAAAAAAGCCAAAGAAAUACAUCCAGAUUUAUUUUCAAACAUUAAAGACAAUUUCAAAAUCCAACCACAUGAAGAAAAAAAGGUAGAAGCCGAAAAGAAGUCAGCUCACCCAAAGCCUAUUAAAAGGUUUUACAAAAAAUUAAGAUCAGCCCCACCUAAGCCAAAACCUAUCCAGCUUACCAGCUCUGAAAGAAUAAGAUACCUCGAAGGGUACCUAUCUUCCUUAGAAAGCAAGUCAAUAUCAUUAUUUGACGAUACCAUCAUCAAAGAAGACUCCAGAAUUUUUGUUGGCAAACUCAUAGCUCAAACCUGUACUUCAGAAAUCCCUACCGAAAUUUAUAUGAAAAUCCUAGAACUCCUUAACCUUCCAGACCAAAUCCUCCAAAAGCUACUAAUAUAUGAUGCUUCUUUUAUAUUAGAAUAUACAGACCAAGACUGUCUUUCCCAAGAGCCUGAUUUUUUAUUUAUUAUCCUCUGUAUUUUGCUUGUUUUUUCUAACACCUAUGCUGAUUUAGCCCAAACAGAAAAAAAAUCUGAUCACAAAUAUUCCAGCAUCUAUAGGCAGUGGAUCCGAGAAAUAAUCCGGCUAUAUGAAAAGCGCCUAAAAACAGACAGUAAAUGGCAAUUUUUAUUAGAAGCUGAACAAGUUAUAUCAAAAUCACUUAUUUCUAAAGAAAAAGAAGACUGGGUGUUUUACCCUGCAUCAGUUGAUUUUAAAGAUGUUUUUGAAGCUGCGGUCGAAAAUAAAAAGAAAUUGCAAGCUGAUCUGCCUGAGUCUGUAGAGCAGACCUCAGAAGUUAUCAUAAAAAAAGGAAUAGCUGAAGAGUCUUUAGAUCAAUAUAAAACUUUAGAACACGAUAAAUAUGCAUUGGAUAGGAUUAUUAAUAAGCCUUCAUUGAGCAUCACAAUUGCAAUACCUGGAUGGCUUUCAGAUGAUAGAGAUGGAGAGAAAUACCAUUGGCCGUUCCUUGUAGAACGUCCAGAACAGCCUAUUUCGUAUUCAUUGGUAUGGGACGCGAGCAACUUGUUGGAGGCUACAGUUGAUAUGUUUAGCUGGGGAGGAAAAUUUGGGAAAAGCUUGCUUACAAGUUUUCAGGCUUCAAAGUCUAUAUAUGAAGAUAACCCAUUUGCUCUUAGUGCACAACAAGCUGAAGCGACAGGGAUUAUGCUGGCUCAUUUGAUUUGUGAAGGCUUGUUUAAAAACAUGACAAUAUUACUAUCAGUUUACACAAAAACUAUAGUUAGAACGUAAUUUUUUUAUUUUUAAUAGAAUAGAGCGUACCCUUAGCCAUUUUUCUAAAUUUUUAAUGCAAUUAAGUAUAUCCUUAAUAGGGUAUUCGCUUGGAGGGCGUAUUAUUCAUUAUUGCUUAAUGGAGCUAUUAAAGAUAGAUCCUAAUUGUGAUAGAAUCCAUGACAUUUACUUGCUAGCUGCAGCUACUCCAAAUGACAAAGAAAGCUUUGAGAAAAUUAAACCUUUGGUGAAAGGAAGGUUUGUUAAUGCUUAUAGUCAUAAAGAUAUGACACUAGGCGUGGCUUAUACCUUAGCCACUUUUCAAAACCCUGUAGGACUUGGAGUUCUUGAGGUGGAAGGGGUAGAAAAUAUUGAUGUGACCAAGGUUUCACCUCAUCAUCUAGAUUACAGAAAUUCAUUGGAUAAAGUGUUGGAGGCUAUUAAAUACAAUCUUUAG